UCAGUUCAUCUUCAAUAACUAAACAUGGUUCAACUCCAGUGGGUGGUAAUCUUUCUGACUUUUCUACUCUAUCAACGGAGUACUCAAGGACAAACUCCACCAACGGAACGUUUUCUAAGCGCACGUCCUCAACAAUUUCCUUAUCAAGUUUUCAUUGAACAACGUCAAGAUUGUAAAUGUGACCCUGCGAAAAGUUGUGGAGGUGUUAUAAUAUCGAGCCGAAGUGUGCUCACAUCAGCAAGUUGUGCUGGUGAUUAUUCAGUGGAAGCCCUCAAUCUUUACUUCGGUGCAGUGGAUAGGACAAAUGAAAAGGAAGUGGGACAACAACGUUUGACAGUGAAGCGCAGCAAUAUUUUCGUUCAUCGUGAAUAUGAUCCAUACCAACAACUCAAUGAUAUAGCUCUCAUAAGACUCCCAGUCGAAAUUCGAUUUGACGAAUUUAUUCAGGCUGCUCAGUUACCAGAUCCUGAAAGCCUUUAUGAAAAUGAAAGUUGUAUUGUCUCUGGUUGGGGCGACGGUUCAGGGUUUGCUAUUUCACCUCGCCUUCAUUACUCCAAUGUUACCGUUUUGUCCAACGAAGAACGCAAAACAGUUGCUCACCAUCAUUGGACUGGAAAAUUCUAUCCGGCGUCGUGGAUUUGCUCAAAGCCCCAUGAAUGCGGUCCACACACAGCAAUCUCAGGAGACCCGUUGGUCAGAAAGAAUGAUGAAGGGUCAAAUACUGUGAUUGGUUUAAUAUCAUUUAAUCUUUCAUCGAAGAAAAAUCCAAUUGUGAUCUCCACAAGGAUUUCAUCAUUUUUGCAGUGGAUAAAUCGAUUUGAAGAAAUCAAUCCAUAAAUUAUAAUAAACAUACGUGAAUAUUUUCAUAGUCAAA